AUGUGUACGAAUCGAGCAGACCCAACAACCAUAAGAGGCGAGACUGAUGACCCAAAUGGGCUAGGCGGGCCCAAAGAUCAGAACGUGCCAGAUGGGCCAGACGGGCCAGAAGACCCGAACGGUCCAGACAAGCCCAAAGACCCAAACAGGCCAAGUAGGCCCGAAGACCCAAACGGGUCAGGUAGGCCCGAAGACCCGAAUGGGCCAAGCAGGCCUGAAGACCCAAACAGGCCAGGUGGGCCCAAUGACCAAAACAGGUCAGGCACGCCCGAAGACUUGAACGGGUCAAGCAGGCCUGAAGACUAUAACGGGCCAAAUGGGCCCAAAGAACUGAAUGGGCCAAGCAGGCCCGAAGAACCAAACGGACUAGGUGGAUCCGAUGACCCGAACAGGCCCGACGAGCCCAAAGACUCAAAUGGAAUAGGAUGGAUUCAUAAACCAAUAUUAAAUGAUUAUUCUGAUGCUCCCAUUAAACUCCAAGUGUAG